AUGGCUAGCAUUGACGAAUCAGGCGAAAUCUACUGUGACAAGGAAUUUGUCGAUAAGGUAUUUGCCAGACUUGCGAGUAAGUCGGAGAACAGAGUAUGUUUUGAUUGCGGUGCCAAGAACCCAACCUGGACCUCUGUUCCAUUCGGUGUUUUGCUCUGCAUUCACUGCUCUGGUGAACACAGAAACAUGGGUACCCACAUCACCUUUGUUAAGUCUGCCAACUUGGAUAAGUGGACAGUGAACAAUUUGCGGAGAUUCAAGCUAGGUGGUAAUGACAGGGCCAAGGAGUUUUUCCUUAAGAACAAUGGUAAGCAGUACCUAAGCUCGUCCAGUAAUAGAAUGGCCAAGUAUACCAGUCAAGUGGCUAAGAAGUGGCAAGCCCACUUAAACCAGAAGGUUGCAAAGGAUGCUGAACAACACCCAGGUGAGUUGGUGUUCAGCACAGAAGAUGACUCUAAUACAGACGCUAACUCGGGCUCCUCCAAGGGAAACAGCGCCGAUGACUUUUUCUCUAACUGGGAAAAGCCUGCCAAUCAUAGCAACCUUUCUUUGACUGGCUCACCUCGUAGUUUGACUCCAACCGCUACCGGCAAUAAGAAUGGGUCAUCUAUUCUUUCUGGCAAUGGAAAUGGCAACAAGAGUGGAAAUGGCUCCAGAAUCACAACAACGAGAAGAUCAACGCUGGCUGGAUCAUCAGGCCUUUCUCAAAACAAGAAGCAUUCUAUUCUUUCAUCUUCAAGAAAGGGAAAGAAAACAGCUACUGCCAAGAAGGUUGAUGCAGACUUGUUCGAUCAAUUCGAAAAGGAAGCCAAGGAAGAAGAAGAAUUGGCAACCACCUUUGCAUCCACUUCCCUAGGUACCGCCAACCUAACAAGCAACAAGUAUGCUGCUACUACUCAAUCUUUGGACACCGCUUCUAGACAGGGAUCUUACAGCAGUAAACCAUCGAAAUCUUCUAUAUCCGGUGGUGUCGACGAUCAAGAAGAAGAUGAAUGGUCUUCAAGGUAUAACGACGGUAUUACUUUUGACCAGAUUAACUCUUCUAAUGUCGGAUUAAUCGGAAGCGAUUCAACUUCCAAACCAAAGUUGGCAAAACUUGGGUUUGGUAUGACCUCAAACAAUGCGGUAAAGGAAGCCAAUGCUGCUAACGAAAGCAAAAGAGCGGCUUCUGGCCCCAAAUAUACCGGUAAAAUAGCUCAAAAAUUCGGAGAACAAAAGGGUAUUUCAUCAGACCAGGUGUUUGGUCGUGGCAGUUACGAUGACGAAGCAAGUAAAGAGGCACAAGAAAAAUUAAGACAGAACUUUAGCAAUGCUACUUCUAUCUCUUCAGCUUCAUACUUUGGCGAAGAUCAACAGGAAGAGUCAUUCGAUGAAUUCGGUAGACCAAUAAACCCUCAGAAUGCUGGUAGAACCAACAGAAGUGGUUCUUUAGGUGGUCGUAACUUCAUGGAAUUCACAUCAGGUGCUGAUGAUGAAUUCGACCUGUUGAAGAACGCAGUGGAACAAGGUGCCCAAAAAUUGGGCAACUAUCUAAGGGAUUAUAUCAGAAACUGA